AUGUCUGCAAACAUGUCACAGCCUGCUGGCAGCUCAAAGAAACAUCCAUAUCUUUCAGGAAACUAUGCACCCAUCAAACAGACACGACAAUUGACACCGUGCACCUACGCUGGCUCCAUCCCCGAGGAACUCGUUGGCGGCCAGUAUGUCCGCAAUGGAGGCAACCCCAUCUCCAACGAGGAACUUGGCCGUGAUGCCCAUUGGUUCGAUGGAGAUGGCAUGCUUGCCGGCGUAUUGUUCGAGCGUGCUGAAGAUGGCCGGGUUCAACCUCAAUUUGUCGCCCAGUUUGUCUUGACCGACUUGCUGCUCUCCUCGCUGUCAAAUCCUGCAUUGCGAUUCCCGAUUCUGCCGAGCAUUGCGACACUGGUUAACCCGCUGUCUUCUCUCCUGAUAAUCAUUUUGCGGAUCAUGAGAACCGUCUUCCUAGUCAUCCUCUCGCACUUGCCAGGUUCUCGCCAAGCUGUCAAGAAAAUCAGCGUGGCAAACACGGCCAUCUAUUACCACGACGGCCGCGCAUUAGCAACGUGUGAGAGCGGCCCUCCUAUCAGAGUCUCGCUGCCUGACUUGAACACCAUUGGUUGGUUCAAUGGUAGCUCGGCCGAGGGAGAGCCCGAGAGGAAGACUGACGAGAUCGGCUUCGGGGGGAAAGGUCUGCUGAGUUUCAUGAAAGAAUGGACUACCGGCCAUCCGAAAGUCGACCCUGUAACCAACGAGAUGAUCCUGUACCACUGUACCUUUGCUCCUCCAUACAUACAUUACUCGGUUCUUCCGGCUACAAAAGAUACCACCCGGAACGCGCCAGCUGCCUCGAGAUUAAUCAAUAUGCCUGUCUCUGGAGUUUCUGGUGGCAAAAUGAUGCACGACUUUGGAGUUUCGCGGAAGCACACAGUCAUCAUGGAUCUUCCUUUGACUCUGGAUCCUCUGAAUCUUGUCAAGAACAAGCCUAUUGUCUCAUAUGACCCCACGGCACCCUCACGGUUCGGUGUGUUCCCGCGACGGGAUCCAUCUAACGUCCACUGGUUCGAGACCUCGGCGUGCUGCAUCUUUCACACUGCCAAUGCUUGGGACUUCGAGGACAAGUCUGGAGAUAUCCACUCAGUCAAUCUUCUUGCCUGCAGGCUUACAUCAGCCACACUUGUCUACAGCGCGGGUAACGUUCCCAUUCCCAAGGUUAAGAAGAGGCUGGCGGAAGAACGCAACAAACCGCUGUCUUUCUUUGAUAAAUAUGACUUCGACGAUACAGAUAGCGCGGUUGGCGGUGUUUCAUUUCCAGAGUCUAGUGGAUUUGAUGCUGCGCCAGCUCUCGAGUCUCCUCCCCAGGAGACUGAGCCGCUUAUCCAACCACUUACUCAUAUCGAACCCAGGCCAGAAGCAGACGCUAUCGACAAUGAAGCAAUCUCCUCUUUGUUGGAUGAAGAAGAGCAAUGCCGUCUGUACUAUUAUUCCUUUAUUCUUCCUUCUCGGUCCUCACCACAGCGGAUAGCCGUGCAGCAUGCACUUUCCGCCGUCCCCUUCGAGUUCCCUACAGUCAACCCAGGUUAUGCGAUGCGCUUCGCUCGUUACAUCUAUGGCUGUAGCACUAGUUCUUCUUCUUUUGGUGCCGCGCUUGGCAAAGCCGCCAAAGUUGAUGUUCUGGUCAAAUUAGAUGUGCAGACACUCAUUGCACGUGGCCAGCAGCACCCACCAGCUCCAAUCACUGGUUGUGUAGACGGACGGACUGUAUCCCAAGUACUAGCACAACAUGCUAAGCUUGAUGAUCCGAGUGAUCCGGUGCGGUGCUUCAAGAUGCCUGACGGCUGGUUUGCGCAGGAAGCACGGUUUGUGCCGAGGCGAAGAGCUCUUGACGAAGAUGACGGUUUCCUGCUCUUCUACGCAUUCGAUGAGAACCAGCUGAACGAAGACGGUGAGGCCGGCACAGAUACCGUGAGCGAACUCUGGGUUCUAGAUGCGAGGAGCAUGCGGGAUGUUGUCGCGAAGAUCAAACUCCCACAACGUGUUCCGUAUGGUUUGCACGGAGAGUGGUUCAGCGAGAUUCAGAUCAGGGAGCAAAGGCCUUUCGAGAAGGUAAGAUGUGUAGAUACCGUCAUGAGAGACAGAGGGGAAGAGAAAGGCCUGUGGAGGGUAUGGAUGGGUGUAAGGCGGAGCCUGGAACGGUUGUUGGCGUGA